AUGUCUGGAAAUGGUCGACGCAGGGAACGAUCAGCCACUGUCUCUGGUUCGGCACUUAAUCAGCAGCGCAAUUCGGGCACGAGCGUCAGCGUAGCCUCUUCGUCGACACGACAGGAACAGAUGCGUGACGCCACCCUGGCUGCAGAAGAGGCGCUUCGACGUUACCAGCAGGAGAUGCAGCAAUCUCCGGCUUCCUUUCCUUACCAGGUGCAGCGACAGAGUCCACCGUCGCAGCACGUCCGUCAUGCAUCCGCCACAGUCAGCUCGGCCAGCCAGCUGCAAAGAAUACCAGAGGUGAACUCGGAGUCGUCUUCCGGCGAAGCGGCCGGUCGCGAAGCGCGCAACAGCACCGACACUCCGCGUGCGCUCAGAGCGGGCGACCGUGCCGGCGCAACAGUUGCGCUCGGACAUGGCCGGUCCGUGUCGAUGGGAGACAACUACGGCGCUCUUCCGCGAAAUUUUGAUCCGGUCACCGGAAGGAAACAGGCUCCGAGGGGUGAGGUGCGUCGACCCAGCCUGCCGUAUGUUUUCUCGCCCAUGUCGCAGGGUCAGCCUCAGCAGGCCGCCGCGACCGAACGAGGCGACUUCCCGAACCCACAUGGCGCCGGGCCUUCGGACUCGCAGCUCUCAACUGCUCAGCUGCAACGUCGUGCUAGCCAGGAGAUGCAGUCUCCGCUCCUGUCGCGUCACGCCUCCGGCUACCAGCAGCACCAGAGGAGCGACAACCAGACCAGGAGCCCACCACAGCACGUUCAUGCCGACAGGCUCCAACGAGACAUCCCGCCCACUCCACCACUGGGAUCCAACUCGCAACCAUCUGGAUUUCAGACGAUGCCCCUGUCGAUCAACAAGGCGAGGCAGUCGCAGCCCCAAGCUCAGGCUCCCUCGACCUCGUCAGUAUGGUCCUCGGAGACCGAAUCGGAGCCGACGCCCACGGCGAGCAGCGUGGCAGCCAUGCGCGAGCGCAACGCCCAACUCGAGUCGCAGCUCCUUCCCGUCCAGCUCACUCUGCCGUCGACUUUCUCCUCUUCAUCCACCCUUGCACCCAACCCGCUUUCGGCGCAGCAGGCAGUGAUUUCCGGCACUCGAUUCGGCCUGCAGCCAAGUCCACAGCAGCAGCAGCGACAAAUUCCAGUGGCGGUGUCUGCUGCCGAAGUGGCAAGCAUCAAAGCUUCAGCUGCGCCAUUCGCUCCUGCGACGCCGUCGAAGCUUUCGGCUCCGCCCAUCCGCUCCAGCUCGAACGACACCAACUACUCGGGUGACACCAUCGCGCUCCCCGAUGGUACGCAGAUCCCCACCGUCCGCACCGACUUUCAGAACCUCAAGCGCAUCAGCCUGCCCAAGCCCGCCGGGACCGCAGCCAAUGUUGCAGUGGAGAAGCCGAAGCAGGUGCAGCCUGAGGCGGUUGCCAGUGUAGGUGGUCACGUCCUAUCGCGCGCCGAUGCCAAGGUCGUUGCGCGCAACGAUGGGUCGUCGCGAAUGAUCUACUCGCCCACGCCUCAGACACUCGCUGCCGCUAGACGCCAGUCGACGCUUUUGCAGGUGCCAGCUGCUGCUCACCCCGGCGGCGAGACGCGGGUAGACCAUAGAAUCCCGUCUCCACUUUCGGCGUCCGUCGAGGCUCCAACUGCUCCGCAGAUCCCGCAUGCGCUCAAGUUCCACAAGUCCGAGCCGUUGAUCAGUACGCCGCCUCAGGAGCCGCAAUCCAUGCAGGCGGAGGUCAAGGCUGCUGAUGUGGCUAGCGAUGCCGUGGGCAAGGAGGGCAAGAGCGUGUCGGGGAUGACGCAGGCCAAGUCGGACGACACCGACGUGCGCAAGCGCGACAACGACGUCGGCUUCCGCGGCGACCCUCGACGCAACACGUUUGGCGAGCUGGCACCCAGCAUGCUUGAGGAGGCCAACCGCAAGCUCUUCGUGUACCAGAUGCAGCAGCUCGACGACGAUGCUCGCGAGAAGGGUGUUGGCUCUUCGCGCCAGCACACAUCUGUGCCUACAUCCGGUGGUACCGCGCCCCGCGAGGCCGCAAGGAAGAGCAAGGAGUCGAGCGAAAAGGGCGGCCAGACCGACUCCAUCGGUCCACAGGCGGCGCAGAUCGUGCGUCGCGAGAGCUCGGCCUCGCAGCGCAGCAGACGAGACUCGAUCGGGUCAGCCACUACCGCCUUCGACUCUCCGACGAAGGAAGACUUCCCCUCGGGCCUGUUUCGCCAAUCGAGCGGAUCUGGCGGCGCCAAAGGUGCACGCGGCACGGCGCGCAUUGCGGUGGCGCCGCCGAGCGACGUUCCUGAGAUGCAGGAGCCUGAAGACGCCGAGGCACCCCGGAGCGAGGACGACGAGGGGACCGAGAUCGACGAGCAAGACGAGCCGUUUGAUCUGUCGCUCGAAAAGCGCGUUCCGUUCAUCGUCGACACGUACGCGAGCAGCCGCGAUGCGGACGACUUUGAUAUGCGUGCGCUGCGCCACGGCCAGCAGGGCGAGAAGGGCGAGUUCCGCUUCAUUCCAAUCUCGUCGGUCAAGGCCGGCAAAGCACGCCGUCCGCGCACGCGCGACACGCGCGUCUCGUUCCGCAGCAACCCGUCUCACAUCGACCAGCCGCGACCCGGGUCGCGCCAGCACGGCGCGGCUCCCGCAUGCCGCCAGUGCUUCCGCGCGGGCUUCGACUGCGCCAUGAACCUGCAGCUCGGCGAGGGCACCGCUGCACGCAAGGCGUUCCAGGACUUUGUCGCCGCCGGCGGCCUCAAUGCCAUCUCGAUCCGCGACGGUGCUGCGCCCGGCAAUCUGGCCGGCUCGAUCGCUGACAGCCAAGGUGGCCGCGGCAGCAUCACGGUCGAGGAAGCGCUCGGGCGCAACUAUGUGGACAAGCUCGGCGAGGUGGCAUUCGGCGAGUCGGCGCUCAGCCGCCCUGUGACGCGCGGCAUGUACAACGAGCUGCUCGAGGAGAAGCAGGAGCAAGAGCGACGGAGGCAGAUGUACACGGACCACAAGCCGUGGGCCGCCGACGUGGACAGCCCGGACCACGACGAUAUUGCCAAGCAGAAGCACAGCAGCGAGCGCGUCAAGCGUAGCUUGAGCAGCAACCGCGACCGCCGCCACAGCCAAAUGACGCUGCAGGACGGCGUGGACGAUGUGGAGCCACUCGAUGAGGAUGAGGCGCGCCAGGUGCUGCUCAGCAACCUUCGCCGUUCCGGCUCGCAGAAGCAGCACGAACUCGAAGAGGGCGAGGUGGUCGAUAUCGACCCCGCCGACUAUGAGGACGAGGCCGACCUGGACGAUGAGACGCUCUCGUCGGCGUCCGAGGACGACCCGGUGGUUUGGGCGGAUCGCUGGAGCGCUGCCGCCAAGCUGCGCCAGCUGCUCGCGUACUGGGUCUACCUCUUUGCGCUGCAGGCGCUUGCCUCCGGAUACACCAACACAGUUGGGCAGAUCAUCGCCGACCAGCGUGCUGACGGUACGGCAGCGCUGCUGCUGGGCAUCGGCUCGUUGGCGUACAACGGCUCUCAGGGUGGCGGUCUCUUCUUCGCCAAUGCUCUCGUCGGCUUUGGUCGACAGCGUAUCACGUUGCUCUCGCUCGUUGCUGUCGGCGGUGUCUGCACGAUCGCAGGCUUCGUACACCAUUUUGUGCCAAUCCUCGCGGUCCAGAGCCUGCUGGGCCUGCUCGCUGGUGUCGCCACGUUCCUCGCGCUCGCCACGGUCAUGGACGUCUUUGCCACGUCCAAGGGCCGUCUGUUCGGCGUGGGCUCGAUGACACUGGCGCUGGUGGGCGGGCAGAUUGCAGGGCCGUGGAUCUCGAAGCUCGUGCUGAGCCUGCUGAGCUGGUCAUGGACGUACUGGCUGACGCUGAUCGUGGCGGCGGUUCUGAUCGUCUACAUGGGCGUCGCCACGCGUGAAACGUCGGCCUUCGUCGUGUUCCGCCGCGAGGCACUGCGGCUGAAGCGAACGGGGCAGGGAUGGACGCCCGAGCCGCAGCCCGAGACGCAGGCACGCCAGGCGUUUGUGGAUGACCUCGGCAGACCGGUGCGGCUGGUGCGAUACAACCCGAUGCUGGUGCUACUCGCCAUUGCAUUGGCGGCGCUCACGGGCAUGUACAUGUUCCUCUUCUCGGGUCUGCAGCGCGUCUUCACCGGCACCCACGGGCUGUCGAGCACCUCGGCCGCACUGGCCAUUACCGUCUCGGCGGCUCUGGGUCUUACUGCGGGCGUGGUGACGACGUACGUGGUGAACUCGCGCAGGGUGGGAGGCGGUGCAUUCGUUACCAAGUCGCGCCCGCUGUACCUGGACGAGAAGGGCCAUAUCGACACGCACAAGCCGCUGCGCGUCAAGACCGAGACGCUGCUCGUUCCGGGCGUGAUCGCGGGUGCGCUGUUCAGCUUCGCGCUGUACACGCUUGCGCUCACGGCGAGCUUUGCGACGACGUGGCUGCUGACUGCAUUCAGCGUGGUGCUUGCGACGGCGUCGGUGGUGUGCGUGGGCCUGGCGGUGGUGCAGUACGUGCUGGACGGCUACUCGCCCGCGCGCAAGGUGGUUCUGCGCGACGUGGUGGCGCGCGAGGACGUGUCGACUCCGACGCUGCUGCAGGAUGCGGACGAGGACCGCUUCACGUCGUACUCGCGCCGCACGGCUGGGCGGCUGGCGGCUGCGCGCUUCAACGGAGGGCGCAACGGACGUCAUGGACUCGGCAAGCCCAGUAAGACGGCAGGGGAGCAGAGCGAAGGCGAGCGAGAGGCGUGGCUGGAUGCAGGCGAAGGCGUGGUUACGAGUCGCGACAAGCGAUGGCUGGACGAGACGGCUCUGGCAGCCAUGACGGCGGUGGUGGUGCUGGUGUACACGAUCAGCUGCGUGCUGUCCUUCGCGGCGUUGGUGGCGUAUUCCAAGCUGUCAUUCGGCGCGUAUGCGGUGAUCUUUGCCUCGGUGGCGCUGUUGUUGGUGCUGAUGCUGGUGUGCGUGUACCUGUACGGUGCCAAGCCGCGCGCGCGUUCGCUGCUGCGUCUCGAUGAGGCCGACGGAGAGCGUGCCCACUCGCGUCGGGCAGCCGAGCGCGAGCGUCGCGCACUCCAACGCCGUCGCUCCAUCUCUCAGUCGCAAGCCACGAGCGAGGACGUCCGCCGCUUUGCGCCCGCUCGCCUCGCCAAGCGUCUCGCGGAUGCACUUGGAUACAGACCGCUUUCGCAGGACGGUCUGGAAGUGUACCGCCGUGACGACGCGCGCGAUAUGCAGGCUACACGUGCGGCGCCUGUUUCGGUCAUGCACGAAGCUGAUCGCCAUUCUGCCGCCACGGCUGCUGCUGAAGGACGUCGCGAGCUGUGGCUGGCCAAGUUCAUCGCGAGUCGCAAUGAGCCGAACCCGCGCGCGUCCACGCCUCCUGGUCAAGACGAUGCAGCGCCCACGCUGAAAGAAGCGCGCGGGAUUGGCAACGGAGGGCUGAAGGAGACAGUCAAAGGUUGGGGUGGUGUGAUGCUCGGUCGUCCUUCGCCCAAUGCGGGGCAGCGCGAUGCUCUGGGCCGCACGCACAACGCUAUGCUGUCUGCCUUCAACUCGCCCCCACGUGCAGCGUUCCCGCUGUCGCCACCACCACCCAGCCGUCCGCGCGCGAGCGUGACGCUCGACCGCGAGACAACGCACGCCGACGGCGACGGCUUCGAGAUCGUCCAGUUCGAAGCGAGGCGCGACCAACGCAGGCCGUACACGCCCGUGCUCUCGCGCAAGUCGGUCGACAUGACACGCAGCCGCACGGACAUUAUGGCACGCAGCCACUCGCACCAGCGCUUCGCCUCGGAUACGAGAACUCGCAAGAAACCAAAAAGAGAAGGAAGAAGAGACAACUCCAAGCCCAGCAAGCGAUUGUACAGCAAGAUGGAACGCAUUCAGGAUUCGCAACAGAUCAGCAGCAAGACCAGCGUCAAGAUCGGAAGCAAGAUUGAAAUCAAGAUCGACAUCAAGACCAGCGGCAAGAUCAUCAAGACCAGCAUCAAGAUGCCUCAAGACCGCAAUCUAGACCAUCAAGACCUGGAGAUACGCGAGGUGGACCCAUGCGCGGCGCACUCGAAACACGACGUGCGAAAGCGAUUGAACGACAUGAAAUGA